GAUCCAUCUGUCAGUCAGUAACAUGUACUGGGUGCUUAUUGAAAUAAAUGUAAUUUUAAUUUCGUAACUACCUAAUCUCAUUGAUUCAUUUUUAUCUUUUCGUGUUGAACAGUUUAGUUUCCUAAAUCAAAAGACAUUCCAGCAAUGUAAAUAUAUUAUUUUUUCAAUUAUCUCUAUUAUUGUGACUUCUAUGAUAAAGGGGUUACCGCUGGCGUUUUAUCCCUUGAAGCUCGCGUUAUAAAGUCUAUAAAAAUAUAAAAAAAAUCAUGAGUUUUAACCAAAGCUACAAAAAUAAGGAGUAUGUCGAAUACACUGAGAAUAAAACAAAACCAACGCCUAUUGCAAUGGUUGCACCAGAGGUGAAACCCAAAGCGGAAGUGGACAUGGAGAUAACAAAAACAUGUGCUGUGUUGGGAUGUGAGGACUUUAAAAAUAUGGAGGAUGAGUCUUUUUUCAGGUUCCCGGAAGACUCUAACCUAAGACAGAUAUGGACGGACCUGACGGGUCGCAACAACUGGACUCCCACUGAUUACUCAUACAUUUGCAUACAGCAUUUCGCUGUAGACUGCUUUGUGUGCGACAGUGACAACCAAAUGGUGCUGCUCGAUAAGGCUGUGCCGUCAUUGAAACUGCCCCGGCAUGUCUUAGAGGUUGAGUACAUCGACGAGGACACAUUUGACAAUGAAGAUGAGGAAAUGGAGACAGAUGAAGAAGAAGACGAACAAAGACCAGCUGUCAAUGAGAAUGGAAAGAUCGCACACACCAAUGACACGGCAAAAACAUCCACAGAUAAUUUAAAAAUUCAAGAGGAUCCGGAGAAAACUAUAGAAUUACUGAAACUAUUCACAGAAGUACAGAGAAUGCAACGUCAAGCCGUAGGGUUGAAGGACAAGUUAAAAAACAGCGUAAGAAUAUAUAAUAAGCAGAAAAGAGCUUUGCAAAGGCUCGAGGAGACAAUCGAAAAGAAACGGAAUAUUUUGACGAUGAAGCGAAAGAAAAAAUCUAGAAUAUUGCUGUCUCUACAGGAUAAGAUUGAAGAAGAUACGAAUGGUUUAGUUUUAGCGAUGCCCGUUAAGCAGACUGAAGAUUUCAAGAACUUUGCCCUUAGUAUAUACAAGUAUUCACCACAGGCAUAUAUUUAUUGUCGUAAUACAUUAAGGACAUUGCUACCGAGCACGGAUGUGUUAGAUUCCUGGAUCGGGAAUGGAUAUCAACUGAAGACUUCAAUAAAUAAUAGCAACAUGAUAAAAGUAGUGGCUGAGCAGACUGAUAGUGAAUUGUCAUGCAAAAUUAAGAUAGGUUAGUUAUACAAUUACAUGUAAGUAUAUCACAGUUUUAAAUAAAUUGUCUCUAAUUUUUUA